AGGUUUACAUCCUUUCUUGUUGGGCGUCUACGGAAGAAAAAAAUCAUGCUGCAUAUUUUGAGGAAGCACACAGUGGGUUAUAUUUCACUUUUCUUCACGUGAUAUACACAAGUCAUUAGUGACUUUUCUUCCUGCAAUAAAAGCCACAUUUGUAGCCUGAGAGAGCAAACACCAUUGUGCAUUUCAGAAGGAAAUGGCUUCUGAAGACCAUAACGAUGGCAAAAAGGAGAAAGAAAAUCAGCCUCACCCAAUAAAGUCUAUAUUGAAUUCAGUUUUUAAUUUUGACUGGGAAAAAUUUACCAGUGAUUUCGCAGAACAAAAUGCUGCCAUACGUAAGCAGCUGGGAACAAGUAAAAAAACAGAAAUGAGGAGUGAAGCCAGGAGAUUAAAAUCAUUCCAAGCUUUUAGAGAUUCCAAUUUUGAGAAGUUUUCAUGGUGGUCACCAUCAGAAAUGGCCAAUGCUGGAUUAUAUCAUACUGGAGUCAGUAAUAGUCUUCAGUGCUUUUGCUGUGGGGUUGUUAUCAACAAAAGACCUUUGACAUAUCCACCAAAGAGACUGCAUGUUAUAGAAAGCCCAACUUGUCCUUUCAUGAAAGGAGACGAUGUGGGUAAUAUUUCUAUGUUCGAGGUCCGUGUUCAACCCCCAGAUCUUGAUCAUGUGUCUCCAGGAGCAUACGCAACCGAGGAAGCCCGACACAAGUCCUUCACAAAUUGGCCUUCCUAUGCCACGAUUCAACCAGAUCAGCUUGUUAGUGCUGGAUUCAUCUUUACUGGUAGAAGAGACGCAGUACAGUGUUUCAGUUGCGGUGGCUGUCUUGGCAACUGGCAAGAAAAUGAUGAUCCCUGGAAGGAACAUGCCAAGUGGUUCCCUGAGUGUGCUUUUCUAAAAAGAAUGAAAACUCACAAAGAAAUUACAGAAUACAUUGAUUCCUACAGUGGAUUUAAAGGAAUUAGAGGAAAAGAUUUUAUUUCCAAUAACAUUGAUUGGACUCUGCCCAUCCAACCAUGUGCUGCCAACCUGAAUGUCUUUGAAAAUGAGAAUGUUCGUCUGGAGUCGUUUAAAAAGUGGCCUGCAAAUGCCAAUGUAGAUCCUGCUUCACUUGCCAGAUGGGGAUUUUUCUAUACAGGAAAAGGAGAUGCAGUGAGGUGCUACACAUGUGGUAUCUGCAUUCAUUCAUUUCAACCUGGGGAAGACCCAAUGACUGAACAUGUAAAACAUAGCUCUGAUUGCACAUUUUUGAAGAGAAUGUUGGAAAUAAGAGUUGAAAAUACAGAGAAUAUCAGUCUUAAAGAGAACCAACUACUAGUAGAUCAGCCACAUCGGGAUGUGGACAAGAAAGAGCUUCACAACAUAGAGAGCUGUGUAAAAACCCCCAAUGUACAUUGUCCUGACAAAAAAAGGGAAUUAAGGCGGUGUCUGACCGAUGUCUAUAAUAAUUCUACCUUCAGCAACAUGUUACCAUUUCCAGAAUUCUCUCAUAUUUCAGUAGAUCUUAGGUCACUCUUUGCUGAUAUCUCCGUACUGUUGAAGGACACUAGAAAUCGCCCAUUGAGGCAGCUUACAUUACCAGAUGUCCUGUCAGAGCUGGGGGAAAUCACUAUGAUAGAAGGAGAAGCUGGCAGUGGGAAAACGGCACUGCUUAAGAAGAUUGCCAUACUUUGGGCCUCAGGAAAGUGUCCUAUACUCAACAGGUUCAACCUUGUGUUUUAUAUUUCUGUAUCCUCCACUCAGGAGCAUCAAUCCCUGUGUGACAUCAUCUGCCAGCAACUGAAGGGAUCCGCUGCAUCUCUUACGGAGGAGUCUCUGGGAGAAAUUAUACAGCAGUUAAAAGAAAAGGUGCUGUUCCUGCUGGAUGAUUAUAGCUUAGUUGACUCUGCGUCUAGAGCCAUAGAAGAACUUAUAACAAACAACCCCUGGAACAGAACGACUCUAGCAGUCACAGUGAGUACCAGUGCUUCAUGCAAGGUGCGACAAUAUGCAAAGAACAUACUAAGUAUUCAGGACUUCCCUCUCUUUAGUUCAUCAUACAUUUUGAAACAGCUUUUCUCCCAUAAUACAACAUUUUUGGAAACCUUUGGCUUUUACUUGCUGCAACCUGAAUCUGCUAUGCUCCAGGCAGCUUUAACAACUCCUCUAUUUGCUUUUGCUCUUUGUGUUUUUUGGGUACAAAACGUUGCUGAAAACAAAUCACAGGACUUUUUUAUUUGUACAACUUACUUGAUGCACAAAAUCUUAAAAUACAGCACAGAAAAAGACAAAAUAGAAGCUGCGGUGUUGUCUUGUGGACAGCUUGCACUUGACGGUAUCUUCCAAUCACGCUUUGAAUUCACUCAGGAGAAUCUAGAUAAAGCUGGUGUACAAAGCGAGGAUGCACUUAGGUUUGGCCUAUUGAGUAGGUUCACGUCACAAAGACUUAAGCCCAUCUUCAAAUUCUUCCAUCCCUUAUUCCAGGAGUACUUAGCUGGUAGGAAGAUGAACGAACUUCUGCAGUCAGAAGAUGUUGCAGAAAAUAAAAGGGGCUUAUUUUAUCUGCAGAAAAUUAACACUUUCUUAGGUGUUCAGAAUCGCUAUCAUUCUUUCUUGAAGUACUCAUGCAUGUAUUCUCCUAAAACAGCUACAUCAAUCAUCUCUCAUCUUUUCAGCUUGAUGAGUAAUCCAAAAGCAUUUGCACAUGAAAGGGCUACAAAUUUCCAUUAUUUUCUAGAUGUGGGCAUCGUGGAUUCUAUUCUCAGCAUCAAGCCAGAGCUUUCCCAGCAUUUUGUAGUCAGGAUGUUGCUUGAGUUUGCUAUUGACAUAGCCAAUAAAAGCAAAUAUUUGGAUGACUGUGCUCCCAUUAUUUUGCAUUUUAUCAAAGACAAAGACAUUGCAAUUUUGAAACAAGCAGACCUUUGGCUGCUGAAAUUCCUGCACAAAUAUCCUGAAGGACUGAUGUUAAUGAAGAGUCUGGAGAUACAUUUACCUCAUGGUAUGAACAAUGCAAUCCCUGCGUUCUGGAAUUCCGAAGGAUUUAAAUCUAUUUGGACUGUGCCGACAGUUGAGGAAGACUAUUCCAAUGCAUUCCGCUAUACUUCAGAUAUUCUGACUAAGCCAGAGUUUAAAUAUAUUAAUAGUUUAAAGGUUCCGGAUCUGUCCAAACUUGGUUUUGACCCUGAUCAACACAAAAUUUCUGUGCUAAGAAUUAAAGCUAUGGGUGGUGCCAUGGAGGAUGAAAACAUCCUAGGUAACAUCAUGGUCUUCUGCAAUCUAGCUAAUCGCAUUGAAUUAGACUUAUCUAACUUCACAGGAUUUCUGAAUUUUAUCUGGCCUGUUAUUGACCUGUACAAGGCUUCCAUUAUGAAAUUAAGUCUAAAGGCUACCGAGUUUUCCAGAGAGGAAGAAGAACUAUUUAUACAUUUGACUUCACUGGAAAUCCUGCAAAUAAAUGAAAUGCCACCACCAGAGUACAUCCUUUUAAACAUUCACAAUUUUAAAGAGCUGAAGGAACUAGAGGUGGAAUGCCCAACUGGUAAAUGGGACAUCAUUGGGGUUUUGCCAGAUGAGUUUAAAAGCCUUCAAAGAAUUGAAAAACUUGUAUUCAAGAAUGAGAAUAUGGAAACGCAGUGUGAACAACUGGCAAAGAUGAUUGACCACUUUCCCAAUCUGAACUCUUUCACAAUACAAUGUAAUCAUUGUCCUGAGUUUAAGAAGGUUAUCACUUCUUUAUGUCAGAAUACAAAAAUGGAAACUCUCUGUAUUAAGAAACCAAUGUUAAGCGGGGAACUAAUCCAUUUGGCUUCUGUAUUACCCUCUCUUAAAAAUCUGAAAAUUCUGGAAGUUGACGAUCAAUAUUCAGUGGACGUUGAAGCAUCAGAAACAUUUGCCAAAGCUUUAGCAUCUCUAGAGAAGCUUGAAGAAUUCAUUUUCCCAAGAGGAACUGCAGCAAGACAAACAGUGUCCUGUUUCAUACAGCAACUGAAGCAUAUGCCCAACCUCAGGAAGCUGUGCAUUAACCACAGACCACUGACGGACAGCAGCCUGCUAGAGCUUGGCAAAGUCUGUGCAUAUGGCUAUGUAACAAAUUUGCAAGCUUUGGAUCUGAACCUUAACCAGGACAUCACUCAGUCUGGAUGGGGAGACUUCUUUAAUAUUAUAGAUAAUGUGCCAAAAUUACAACAUUUUGGCAUUUCCAGACCCAUUCAAGUACAAUUUAAAACAGAACCUAUAACUCUGAUUGCCUUAAUUCGAUGUGUAUCUAAACUCCAUAACCUGAAACAAUUGGACAUGUUUGGAUGGCUGUUGGAUGAAAAAGAUCUGGAACUGCUUAAUGAGAUGAAGUCAGAGCAUCCAAAUGGAAAUAGUCUAACACUGUUUUGGCAAACAACGCUACCAUUCCAUCCAAUCAUUGAGAAAUAAAUGCACUUUUAUUGUGUAAUUGCUGACAGCUAAGGAAAAAUGUUAGUGUAUUUUUAGUGAGACAGUAUCAUUUUGAGUGAUUAUUGUUAACUUGAUACAAUUUUGUAUAUUAUUAUUAUUAUACAGGAUUUAAAUAGCGCUGACAGUUUGUGCGGCGCUUUACAACAGUAGGGUAGACAGUAAAAUUACAAUACAAUUCAAUACAGGAAGAAUCAGAGGGCCCUGCUUGUUAGAGCUUACAAUACAUACUUUCAUAUUUUAUUUGCUUUCUUUCCAAUAUUUUGCUGAUUAUUUUUCUUAUACAGACUUUUACUUUGCAUCCUCCCUCUAACAGUUAUCUACGUAUCAGGUAAUGUGCUUAGCAUUUAUGAUGAUAGACUGUUGAUACAAAAUCAAUUAGCUGUAUGUGGUCUUUUUCUUCUGUUAAAUUAGACAGAAUGCAUUGAGAAAGAAAAAUGAGCAAAUCAUAAUUUCUGUAUAGCCUUAGUAAACAGAAAUAAAAGGUUUAUAUGGAGCAAACAAAUAUGGUUUCUCUGGGUACACAUAUAAUGAAAAAGUGUACCAGAAAUUACAUUUUUGGAAAAUCAUAUGCAUGUGUUGAUAUAGCAGUAUACAUUAAGCUGAUCGUGCAUAUCUAAAAAAAAAAAAAAAAAAUACUUUAGAUUUCCUUUAAAAGGGUUGCAAAGGUUAGUUUUAAAAAAAUAAACAUGUUAUACUUACCUUGAAAAAUGGCAGCUGGUACUCUGGACUGAUGAGUCAAAAUGUGAAAUACUUUCCUGUAGCAGGAGGAAGUUUGUUCAUCGAAGGACUGGAAAGGAAUACAAUAAUGAGUGUAUGCAGACAACAGCAAAGCGUGGUGGAGGUUCCUUGCAAGUUUGGGCCUAUAUUUCUGCAAAUAGAGUUGUAGAUUUGGUCCAGAUCAAUGGUGUCCUCCAGAGGCGGCUCUCUAAUUAGGCAAAUUAGGCGGUCGCCUUAGGCCUCGCCCUCGCAGCCGCCUAAUUUGCCCAAAGAAAUGGUUAGAGAAAAUUCUAUAAAUGGUGAAUUCAUAGUUCAUAAAAUGUAAAACUCUUAAUAUAUGCAAUUUAUACAGUUAAUUUUUAUCGCUUGAAUUAUUUUUUUUC